AUGAGCGGAACCUAUACCGGCAACCUUCCCGUGUGUCUUUGGACACGAAGGAGCUGGUGUAAUCCUAGAAGUUGGAAGCAACAUCAAACACAUCGAGUAGUAAGACAAGGUCUUAGUCAGUUUCGACUCCUGUGGAUCCUGUGCAUAGUGCACCUCCGACCACCCAGCAUAUUGCGUGGAGUGAGCCCAACGCAACUUCGGACAGAGACAAAUGGACGGGAGCGCGAAGAUGGCGCGAAGGUCCACUGGAACUUUGUCGGCCAGAGCUCAUUCGCUCGGCAUACCAUCGUCCACGGCAGCUCGAUUGUCAAUGUCCCUUCCGAAACCUCACUGGGCCCUUUCUCCCAGCUCGGAUGUGGCAUUCAGACUGGUGCUGGAGCUAUUUUGAACACAAUGGACGUGCAGCCUGACCUGCAACCCCAGAGAUUGGAGUUGGCGAAAAAGCCUGGGGCGACUCAUGCUGUGGUUGGCUCUGAUGAGGAUGCCGUUGCCCAGAUUCAGAAGAUUACUGGGUCUAGCGGUGUUGACUAUUUUAUUGGUUGUGCUGGUGUGCCCCAAGUAGUUGAAAAGGCGCUGGAGUGUCUUGACCGAUUUCCCCUCGGCCAAAUCGUUUCGUUCUAUUCCGUCAGUGAAUAUGGACGGCUUUUUAAGGAUAUCAAAGAUGGCAUGGCCCUGAAAGCUGUUCUUCUCUGGGAAUAG